AUGAAAGCAGAUAGAUCUGUCACACCUAGAAGAAGGGAUUUCAACUACCUAUAUAGUCAGUACACAAAGGAUGAGUUUGGUGGCAAGAAUGGAGAGAUGUUUCAAAGGCUGGAAGAGAAAAUGGAGGAAUAUCAGCAAAACAAUCCAGGUAUGUGCUAACUUAUAAAGCUAUGUUUACAUGUUGCAAUUUGUCAAGCUGAUUUCAGGUGCACAUUCAUGAUAUCUGGCAAAUAUAGUCAUGAAAUGAUUAACUGAAAAUAUUUUCCAGUAGCAUUUGGAAAAAUCUAAAAUCAGCCCAACAAAUCGCAGUGUGCAAUGCAUGACAAUGACAAAUUAACCUUUACAAGAUAAUUUAAAAGCAAGGAUGAAUUUUGAGAUUUUUCAGCAAAAUCUCAAAAUUCAUCCUUGCUUUUAAAUUAUCUUGUAAAGGUUAAUUUGUCAUUGUCAUGUCCAUUUCAUGUGCAAAAUUUCAGGGGGGUGCAAGUUGAAGGUACAGAAAAAUGUAUUGACUAUCGAGUAUUGAAGCUCCUUAGCCUAGCUUUUAAUUUGCGAAAUUAGACGAAAUGAGGCAAAUCAAUCCAUAUUUUCUACAGUUAUACUUCAUUGAAAGCAUACUUAUCUAACAAACUGCAGACUAUCUAAUAAUAACAAAUUUUCAUUACUUUCAUUCAUACAAUUACAAUCAGCAAGCUGCAUAAUUAUCUUGGGAGAUGCAAAUUUCUUUCAUGGGGGUGGGGUGGGGGUGCAAGUAAUUUCUGGGGGAGUAUGCAUAUCCCCCGCGUCCCCAGAAAGUCCAUCUAUGCUUAAAGUAUAAAAUGUGUAGAGCUUAUUAAAACAUGAUAAGAAUGUCAUAUUAAUAUUUUUCUAGAUGCAUCACUAAAGUAUCAGGUGUACUGUGGUGAUGAAAUGCCCCUUAUUAUCAGUGUUGUCACACCUUUAAUGAAGCGAGUUCACAAGGAAGUGCCUCAGUGUGGCGAGCUUGUAUUUGUUGAUGCCACCUCAAAUACAGAUGAGCAUAACCUGAAAGUUUUCUUGUUGUGUACACAUAAUGUAUCUGGUGCACUACCCUGUGGCCUUGUCAUAACAAGCGACGAAAAAGAAAGCACGGUGAAGCAAGCGUUUCAGAUGUUAAGUGAUUGCCUUCCUGAGUAUGCUUUUAAUGGUCGUGGUCCCACUACAGGUCCUGAGGUUAUUCUUACAGACAACUGCCUGGAAGAACGUAAUGCCUUGAAGAGUGUAUGGCCAACUGCAACACUCCUGUUAUGCAUUUUCCAUGUUUUGCAGCAAGUGUGGAGGUGGAUUGUUGAAAAAGACCACCUUGUCAGCCAGCAUGAUCGACCUGAAGUCUUCAGCCUUUUCAAAAAGGCUUUGUAUGCAACGACUGAAGAGAGUUUUGAUGAUUGUUAUGAAGAUCUUUUGAGUGAUGAUGCAUGUAGCAAGUAUCCCAACCUUUUACAGUACUACAGAAACCUUUAUGUGAUCAAGAAGGACUUUGCCCUUUGCUUCCGAUCUAGUAUGCGUGUCCGAGGAAAUCAAACUAACAACUUCGUAGAAGCUCAGUUUCUGGUGUUGAAAGAUAUACUAUUAAGAAGAGUGAAGGAAUACAAUGUGGUUGGAUUGUUUGACAAACUGACUGCUGACCUGGAAAACCAAGGCAUUCUUUAACUAUAUAACUGGGGGGGGGUCAAAGCCCCCCCCCCAGCCCCCAUGGUGCCCCCCCCACUCAACCAUUUUGGCCCCCCCAGUCAAAGUCCCUUUUCUCUAAAAUAUAAGCAAAACAUGGAAUUUAGAAGGGAGGUUUGAUAUUCUAGUAACUGAAAUUUGCUUUGUGAAUCUUAUGUCCUGUCUUUUAUGUUUAAUAAAUACCUUAUUAGAUUUUAAACAUUUCCCAGGCAGUGGAUUGCAUUACCCAGACCCUAUAGAUUUGAGUUGUUGGACAAGUUAGUGGGGCAACAGGCCCUCGACCAAGUGUUUUAGUAUAAGAGGGGGGGGGGAUAAUUUUGGCCCCCACAAAAAAAACAACAAUUUGAUUUCGAAACUAGAAGUAUUUGAAAUCAUAUAUACAUAUAAUCAAAUAUCUGUAAUCGAUAUUUUGAUAACAUUUCUCGUAAUAAUCCAUCCUGACUCGCGGAUAUCAUAGACUCACAAAUCAUAAUGAACGAAUUAAUGAAAGGGCCAAACAAAAGACGUAUAGAAGACUUUGAAAAUGCCAUUUCCGAUGAUUUAGAGACGCAAAAUUUUUCCGCUCUGUGCCAACACAGUUCUUAGUCUAUAAACUGUGGUGGGAGUCGGGAACUCUAAGUUUAUCAAGCUGGCUCCCUAAGUGACGGCCAAGUUGUGGUAUCUACAUAAACAUACUAUGCAAGUACUGUACUUAACUGAAGGUCAGUCUAUCUACAGCAUUUAUAAAGUUAUAUAAAGAAGAACAGCAAUAAUCGAUAUUGAGACGUUUUUUAAUAAAUACUCUGAUUUCAGUAAUUUUUAGGAUCUAACCCAUCAUGUUGCCGAGUCAUAUGCCUAAUAAAAUUGCUUCUUGUUUUGACCUUAGUGUGGCAUAUUUUACAAGUGAAAACACUAGUAUCGUGAACACGGCUAUGUCUAUCCAGAUGGUGUUUGUAACCAAAUGAUUUGCCACAUGUUUUACAUGAAAAAGUCUUCGAGUGCUUUUUCAAAUUAUGCCUUUUUAACUGCAAUGCAUGGGUAAACUUUUGACCACAUUUCUCACAGACACAUUGUUGACAACCUUUGAUAUGGAACUUCAGGUCCUUGCUUCUGGUGAAAAUCUUGCCACAUUUCUCACAGUCAAGCUUUUCUUGCACCAUCUCUGUAUCAAGGUCCUCUCUUGUCUGUUGUGCCUUCAUUUUCCACUCCUGUUAAGCAAAUAUGUUUCAGAAACACUAGAUUUCAAAAUAUUUCUAGGGAGAAGCCUGUACAUCAUUAGAAAUUGCUAGACUAACAUAGGUUGUAAACAGUUAUGUCUAUUUAUGCCUACUGAUGUCAAGUUAUGUCUAGUGAGGUGUAUUGAUGUGCAUUAAUGUCUACUGAUGUCAAUCCAUGGGGAGGGGGGUGGGUAGCACAUCGUCUAUUUUAAUGAUAAAAAGGUCUUUUUUCAUUGAACUGAGUGAAUGUCUAUAGUAAAACAAUCAUACCACUCCUGGUAUAAUUGUUUAUAAUUAUAUAAAUAUUUUUACUCAAAAUAUUCAGUGAUUUUAGUGAUUUUCUGGGCGAGAAACAUAUAAAAAAAAUAAUAAGGCAAAGCAUAAUACUUUAAAUAAAUAUAUACUUCUAAUAUAGUACAAUAUACUAUGAAUAUUGAAUAUUUACCUUCCUUCUUUCACCGAUUUGCCUCCACAUUUUGGAUGCCACAGUGGACACUUUGCCAAUGUUUGCCUCGGGCCCAAGUUUUUGAAUAAUUCCAGGCUGUGAAAAGUGAAACAAAAUUAAAACUAUUCAAAUAAAUAUACGAGUAUUCAUUUAUAUGACCUUGUGAACUUCGGAACUUCUCUGAAAAUUAUGUUUUAUAACGCUAUUUUUAAAUUUGAAUACUCUAUCGUUUUAAAACGAAUUGUUGUCCUGACAAAUCAAGAUGGCAUCAACAAAUCCGGUAUGGUAUUUCGUACAAAAAUGAUUUCUAUCAACUCACCGCAACUUGUUGAUAAAAAGUAUUCCAUCCUGUUGGUUUCCUCACUGAUUGUUUUUCUAAAGGAUUUGCCAUCGUUUACACUCUUUUAUUAAUAGUUUUAUAGAAAUAUUUUCCCGCUAAAAACCACUGCACGUGAGCAAAAAUGUGACAUGCAGGACAGCAUGGGACAACGAGGAAUUUUGCUCUGCUUACCUAGAAUUCUAUAAGACUCGGGAUGGUGACGCCUGUUCCGGAUGGUAACGACCGUUUACGAAAGGGAAAAUUGCGACGCAGACAGACCAAGAGACGGAAAACAGCUCCGGACAUAUUUGGUUAAAAUCAUGAAUCUCGUACAUUCCAAAUCGCAAGAAUGCACAAAAAGCGAACUCGAUCUAUUCUCUGUGCCCCCAACGCAAAUCAGUUUAGAAAAAGGACACUGGGUAGAUCAUCAACCCGUUUCCAGUGUAGCCGAUGGCGGUGUCAUUACGUUCCUGUCUCCGGGCACUGAAGAUUAUGUGGACCUUGCUAGAACGAUUCUUGUGGUGAGAGCAAAAGUGACAAAACCCGAUGGCACGAAUCUCGGAGCAGCCGAAAAGGUAUGGUGUUUUUCAUAUUGAAUACACCGUUUUCAAAUAUUAAUUUCCUUCUAAUCCGUUUAAGGUUGGAGUGGUAAACAAUGUCCUCCACAGCCUGUUCAAACAGGUGGAUGUCUUUUUGAAAGGGAAACAAGUCACUCAGGCUACCGGAACCUAUGCGUACCGUGCUUACUUGAAAACCCUUCUGAAUUACGGUCCCUCUGCAAAAGAUUCACAGCUCACUGCUGCGUUGUAUUACAAAGAUACUGCAGGAAAAAUCGAUGUCGCGGAUCCUACGGUGGCAGGUGGUAAUGGCAACGCUGGUCUCAGAGCAAGAUACGUUUUCAGCAAAGCAAGUGGAACUGUUGAAAUGAAUGGCCCCAUAUUCAGCGACAUAUUCAUGUCCGAACGUCUCCUGUUGAGUUAGGUAGAUCUAAAAGUUAUUUUAAAUCGAAGCAGCGACGAGUUCUGUUCGAUGGCCUCCGAAGACGAUACUGAUUUCCGCGUGAAACUCACUGAUGCUUAUCUCAAGAUACGUAAAGUGAAAGUCAAUCCAGGCAUUUCCGUGGCUCAUGAAAUAGCUCUGAAAAAGGGACCUGCCAUCUAUCCUAUCCGUCGCGUCGAAUGCAAGAGCUUCAUCGUUCCCGCUGGAAAUCCCUCCCUAAGGAAGGAUAACCUUUUCAAUGAACUGGUGCCAAAAACAUUUGUCUUUGGUGUGGUCGAAAGCAACGCGUUCAAUGGUGUCUUAAAAAAGAAUCCGUACAACUUCCAGCAUUUCAGCGUGUCCUCCAUUGGAAUAACCGUCAACGGAGAAGAAAUGCCUUUUAAACCCUUGCAGCUUUCCUAUGGCGCAGCACCUAAAUACAUCGAAGCAUUCACCACACUGUUCUCUGGUACGGGAAAAAUGUAUCACAACACAGAAAACGAUAUAUCCCGAGAAGAAUUUCUAGAAGGUUACGCCGUGUACGCCUUUGAUUUAACACCGGACAUGUGUGGAGCCUCUCCUCAUUUUAACGCUGUGCAGAAAGGGAAUUUGGCCAUUGAUAUCCAGUUUUCCGCAGCGCCUGCAAAUGCUGUGAGUCUCGUAUGCUACGCAGAGUUUGAGAAUACCGUGCACAUUGAUUCCGAAAGAAACGUUGUCUACGAUUAUUCUGGAUGAACACUGCCCAGAUAACCCAUGCCUUGAAACAAGAUCCCGUAACAAGCAAGAAGUUUUGUGGUGUGUUCCCUAGCAACAAGCAAAUUAGUACAUGCAAACUGUUACAACAUUUUUUAAUAAGGAAGCCAUUGUUUUGGUUUCGCCGCCUGUCUUCUGAGUAAACCACGGAGAUAUUUCGCGGGACUUGCACGUGGUGAUGUUGGUGGUGGUGGUCUCGGUUGCGGUGUCUUAAAAACAGCCUCUUCCGCGCCAGGAGGACUGCCCAUUUGAACCUGAUCCCAUCUUUCCGUGUUUCUUGCAAUAUCUUUGGGUACAUUAAUCUUUGACAGCCCGCGAAAGAAUUCCUGCGCUCCCUUGGGAUUAAAAUUCUUACGUGCCCGCAUGGCAUCACUCACCAAAUCUGAUAUAUUCGAAUCAGGAAUCUCCUUACCGUCCACUUUAACUUGACCAGAGUCGUCCCAGGAAAUAACGUCGGGUCUUGCUUUCAAACGUCUCAAAAGAGUUGCCGCUUUCGGGCGUAGGGUUACAGGUAAAUGUCCGAUCACGUCCACGUCAGAUAAAGGCGCUUUCCCUCUGGACUUCUGUUCCGUAUCCGGUGCUAUGCGGACUGUAGGUAUUUGAUCGUCCUUCUGUCGCUUCAAACUCAGAUAACUUUCCAUGUUCGCAUUGUACAAUUUCUGUUUUUCGACAUCGGACAUGCCUGUACUCUGAAGAAUCUCUGACAUCGCCGUAUCCUGAUGCAUCAUGCUGGAUGUAAUUGGGGAGGUCUCAAUCUUUUGUUUCUGCUCAUAACGAUUAAGCCGACGUCCUCCGGGACCAAUACCAUGCGUUUCGCAUACUUCAUACUAACAAACUUCCGAGUACACUCAACACUGGUGGUACGAGAGCUGACAAUAAAUUUCCACCUUUCUGAUUAAGGUACAACUUCUUCCGUUUUCUUGACACUUUCUUAUUGGCUAAAUCACGGAGAUGUGUCUUGUAACGUGCUAAACGUCGCUUUUGCCGAGGUGUUACCGGAAUGACACCUUUAAGUAAAUUCAAGGAACACUCACAAAUAGCUGUGAUGACAUUCGCUGGAACGUUAUCGAUGAGUAAUUUUCGCAAUUUAGGUUUAGAUUUGACAAUGACUUGAAGAUAAGGAAGACUUCCUUUCAUGCGCUUUGACAUCUUGCAAAUGAUGACUUUCCAUAACACACGUAGUUUAAACACGUUUCACAUAAACAAUCUGUCUCUCUUCGGGUAAAAUGUUGGUCCUCAGACGCAUAUUUUCCGGCGUCAACUGAUGACAGUCGAUUACCAAAUAUCCGUAGGGCUUGCCCGUCGCAUCGUGAAAUGCAUCCAAAAGGUAUCCGGUAUGUUUAGGAAACAUCUGCCUGGCAAGUGUGGAAACACCAAGAGAGUCACGUGGAUUUCUAAACACGAUGAGAACGUGACUAUUCAAACUAAUCGUUCGAGAACGUUCGCCUGGCGGGAACAAAUUCUGAGUAAGGUACAGCACGGACAUGCCAAGGUGAUGGGAAUCACGUGUAAAUAGGUCCGAGACACGUGGGUCGUUGGAACAUUGUAACAUUAAAUCGUCUAGCACGACUAAUGAGUUAUCAUGUCCGCGCGUCAUCUCGCAUAAAUUAUCGGGAAAUCCUUCUAUCAGAGUUAAAUUGGGCACGGACUGCAGCAUUCCUUCAAAUUCUUUCUGAUAUAUGCCGUAACAGUAUAUUAUUUUGGUUGGCACGGGAAUAAAUAGUUCCUUUGCAUGCCGUAACAUGGAACGAACCAAAUAGGAUUUCCCGCUUUGACUUUGCCCACAUAUAAAAAAAUUUGCUGGUGUUUUAAAUCUCACGUCCAUCGUGUUCACGUGCACAACACGUACUGUGUCAUAAUUUGACGUGUUCGUUCGUUUUAUAACCCGAUCCGAGAAAUCAUUCUACGAAAAAAAUUCUCUUCUGCUUCUUCAAUUCGAUAUGCACUAAGGUCAAGGCUUCUCAGUGGGGCCGCGACUAAACGGACGGCCCUACGUGUAGUAUAUUCGGAUUUGUGUAUCAAAUAAACUAAAGCCAAAUAGGCCAUAGCACGGCCAAAAUUAUCACGUUGAUCGUGUUAGAAACAACCUGCAUUUCAUUAGGAUUAACAUACACAGCCAUUUGAUUGUACGUUGCUUCGUGGUCCUCAAGCAAAUUACUAAUAGUAUGAUAUAAUGUUCUCAUAUCAAUAUCAACGCCCUGUGUUUGCAGUUCAUCUAGUAUCACUUCCAUCGCAAUAAAACAACAAAUGAAUACAACAUGUGAAACCAUUUAUUUAUAUACAACAAAUUCAUCUAUAUACAGCAUAUUAAAUCCUAUCUAAAAGUUCUACCUUAAGCUACAAUUAGCUCGACGCACUAAUUCUAUGUUUUCUAGCUACAUUUCAUUAUAUAACAUUUAAAGUCACAUGUGAAUAAACGUUUUCGCGGGAAAAUACAGAACAAGGUCGUAUAUUGUUAAAAUGUUGUCCAAAAUGGUCGUCCUUGUGCUGUUCGUGGUCGUAAGGUCAUCGUUCGCGAUUCAUUGUACUGUGUUCAAAAUUUCCCAUCUCUUGGACUGCUCGAGACUGGGCAUUUCAACCUUUCCCAGCUAUGGAAAACAGAAUUGGGUCGAAGUCCUCGACUUGAAAAGGAACAAUAUAUCCUUUAUAAAUCUUUCAGCCAUUAUGUCCGACUUCCCAAAUAUUAACCAUAUAGAUCUACGAUACAACCCACUCGACUGUACCAGACUGUUACGUGUAAUGGUAGACAUUGCAAGUGACUGUCCCCCUACUACAGACAAGUCCACAGCACCGGCCAUUAGAUCGUCAACACAUCGGAAAUCCAUCUUCGUGUUUACAAGUCCAACAGCACCUCGAACCUCCCUGGUGAAAACCAUCACUGCAAGCGUCCCGACCCAUUCUACUGCAAGCGUCCCGACCCCUUCUCUGAUCGGAACCGGUAAGAACCAUAUCCUUUCUACUAGUGUUAUCAAUUCUGCUACCAGCUGGCGCUACAGCACUCGGCAUCGCCUGUUUUUACAUCAUUCGGAGGAGAAGGCGCCCUUCAGUUUAUAGGGAACUUUUCGUACUGAACAAUGCUCGUCGCCACUUCUCAAUCGAUUCCCUGUCCUCUGAUUCCCUCGACGAGGAAAUAAACUAUUCACAAGACAGUUCACUUUAAACGUCUUUCUAUAGUAAACAGCAAUAUUUUGCUGCUAUCCUUGUUCUGUUAUCAGCAACAAUUUAAUUUAGGGUGUUUCCCGCAGGGCCUUCAUGUUGUGUUAAUUUACUGCGAUUUCCAAUUGAGCAUGAAAUCGCGAAAGUUUGUUCGUUAAGUUUUGUCGUUUGAAAACAAUGUUUGAGACGUUAUUCUAUAAUGUUGCUAGGCGAGCUGACAAUGUUGUUAAGUAAAAUACUGCCAAGUUCACGACUAUAAAUAUAAACUUUAUUUCGUUUUGUAAUGAUUGACAGUUUUUAACGGUUUUUACUUGACAACAUUGUGUGCUCGCCUGGUAACAUUAUAGAAUGACGUCACAAACAUUGUUUUCAAACGACAAAAGUUAACGAACAAACUCUACGAACAAACUUUCGUAAUUCCAUACUCAAGUGGAAAUCGCAGUAUAAUGACAUCCCUGAAAUGACGAAUGUAUAAAAAUAGCUUGCGUACAAAAUGUUUUAUUGUAAAGGAGACGUGAAACUUACAGCGCGGAAACGGUAUCUAUGUUUAAAGGGGAAGUCAAGUCCGUAAUGUAAACAAACGGUUUGUUUACAUCUUGAACUGCUGUAUUUUGAAAAUAUGAUGUACUGUUUGAAUAUCUAACACCAUUUUGGUUCGCUAUGCUUCUAAAUGAAUAUGAAAUAAAGUUUAUGUUCAGAAAAAUUCGAAACAUUCGAAAUUUGGGCAAUUUUCACAUUGUUAUGCGCAGAACCGAUGCGCAGAACGGACUUUCCCUUUAAAUGACCUCUGCUCUAAGUGAUUAUGUUCCGAUAAACACUCGUGUGUUUGACAGGAAAACCCAAUAGCUUAUAAUAUAUUACCCGACAUAAUGUUUACACAAAAGUAAACAUACGUCCCUGAAACAAUUCGUAAUAUUAAUGCAAAAUACUAAUAAUUCUAUGUUGUUCAUUUCAGCGUGCCUAUGCAUUCAAAUAAGACCCAUUUGAAACACGCUAAAAUGUACAGCCCUGUUAAAACCGUAUACGCAGCACAUGCUAAGAGCUUCAGUGUAUAUCAGUACUCACACAUUGUACAUAUAGUUCCUUUAUUUAUAUUUAUAUUUAUAUACAUAUAAGACCUAUGAUCAUAAAAGCAAUGUUUAUAUUUACAGUGCAGUGUGAGACAUUGUUAUUGUGCUUUCGCCACUUUCCAACCGCCCGAGUGACAUUAGUUCGGUCUCAGAGGGCCCCUGCGUAGCAGCUGCGCUUCUCUGCCGCCGUCCCGCCACACAGAGCCUAUAGCUGUAAAACAGACACAAAAGCAACACUAUUCCUACGGUCAGGCCGGCAAUAAUAAAGUACAAAUUAGAAGCUGAAGCCGAGAUUCGGGUCGGAACCGUUGCGGGGGUCGGGACUACGGUCGAGGUUAGGGUUCCGAUGGGGGUUGGGGUUAGGAUCCGGGACUGAAUUGAGGUUCGGGGAGUGGUCGGGAUUAAGGUGGGGGUUGAGACUACGACAGGGGCUCGGAUCAAUGUUUGGAACGUGGCCGGGGUUAGGGUUCCGGUGGGGGUUGGGGUUAGGAUCCGGGACUGAAUUGAGGUCAGGAUUAAGGUGGGGGUUAAGACUACCGUCGGGGGUCGGAUCACGGUCUGGGACGCAGCAGGGGUUAGGGUUCCGGUGGGGGUUGGGGUUAGGAUCAGGGAUUGAAUUGAGGUUCGGGGAGUGGUCGGGAUUAAGGUGGGGGUUGAGACUACGGUCGGGGUCGGAUCAAGGUAUGGGACGCGGCUGAGGUUAGGGUCCCAACGGGGGUUGGGGUUAGGAUCCGGGACCGAAUCAAGGUUCGGGAAGUGGUCGGGAUUAAGAUUCGGGGGGGCAUUGAGACUGAGGCUCCGACGGGUGUUGAAAUUAAAAGCCGAGUUAAGGACCCCGUGGGGGUUGUGAUUCGGAUUAUAACCCAGGUACGGUGGGGUCCGUGGUCCUGGGGGGGAUGCAGAAAUGGCUGUAGACCCAAACGUAACAUUCGAAUUCGAUACCAUAUCUGGCAUACCUAGUUGAAGAGAAAGUCGAACUGUAUAACUAUAAGUUGCAGCAAAUGCCAACUUGCGCAAAUGCUAACAUAAAUGAAAUAAACUUACAAUCACUCCUGACGUCUAUCCCCAGAACCCAAACGGUUCGACAGUCAAGUGCGAGGUUGUCCCGCACGUCAAUAUGUUGCAAGUUCGGAAAAUAUAACAAAAGCUCUGUUAUAUUUAAACUAACAAGGCGGUUACGCUUAAGGUCAAUCGCCACAACCCAUUCUUCUUCUGUUCUCCACAGCCCCUGGAUGGUUUCCAGCGCUAAGCCGCUACAGUCCAAAAAACUUAUAAAACGCUGUUCAAGACAAAAUGGGGUGCUUCCAUGCACAAAAAGUAAAAUGCAAAACACAACAGAAAGCAUUUCGUAGAUCUGUCUAAAUUCCGAGUGAAAUAUAUCCUUUCAUGUAUACGAAUAAAUACUGGUCUAAACUACGUACGCUAAUGAACCGGUUAUUUCCUCCGUAAUUAUAUAAACACUUUGAAAGCUAUGCAUAAAGUGUGAGAAGACAGCGGUCAUAGCUAUAUAUAUUGAACUAUAAUAAUCCUUCCUUUCAAACAUGCGUAAUAUUGGUUAUUUAAAAUCACAAUACUAUGCAUUAUAAUGUAUUGUUAAUUUCCUGUAGCCACAGGAAUAAUCUGAAAAAUAUGCAGAAAGCGUAGGAAGAUAGAGGUCGAAAUUAAUCAUAUUAAGCGUGCUAAACACAAAUAAAUAUUGCGCAAUGUUCAUUGGUAACUAUUAUUAAUAAUUGCGUAACGCUCAUUUUCCAAAACCGGAAGCAGCAAACAAGCAUGUGGAAACACAAAACGGCGGGAAUCCCACAAACAACAACAAGUCGACAAAAAAACAAAAAUCAAAAAGCUAUGGGAAAAGACAAGAAAAAAGAAGCAGAACGACAAAGAAAAAUAAGACUUGAUAAAAAAACAAAAAUAAAAAGGUUGGAGGCUUUCUGGGCGUACGCCGAACAAAAAAAGCAGACCUUUCUCAACGAAUUUCUUGCCUUCUAUGAAGGCAAUCAAAACCAAAACCAGGAGACACAAGAAACCAGAGAACAAGAAACCCCACAGCAACCGUUGGGACUGUCACUAGCAAGCGAUGCGAACCUGGACUUCCUAAAUGAUCCAAACAGUUUGGACUUUAUAGAUAGUAUGAAUUUUGACUUUUUUAAUGACUUUUAGACAAUUUUGAAUAUCAACAUUUUUAUUAACACUAUUCUUUAUAACAGUUUUUGAAAAAUAACACAUAUUAAAUGUUCAAACUAUUAGCAAAAUCGUUUAUGAAUUUGUUCGCCAGGUAAUGUUCCUCGUGCUUUUCGGUUGGUUUACUUGAAAGGGGUUCCACAAAACUGACAUCUUGACGAGGCUCCUCAGGCACCCAAUCAAAGUACUUGCAUGAAGAUUCCUUGUCAUUUGAACAGCAGAAGAACUUUCGAUCUUUAUUGAGACCUUCCUUUUUCACUUUACGAAUCAUACACGGUAAUCCAUGGUGACACUCUGGUUUGACUAAAGGUCGUACAUCGCCCCAUACCCAGAAUGAACACGGCUUCAGCUUGUUAGAACAUACGAAAAACGGUCUUCCAUAACUUGCUUUCAUCAAAUCUCUAACGACCCGCAUUUUCGCAAGUUUACUAUGUCCACCACAUCGAGGAUGAGGCUGUUUCGUAGCUCUCCAUGCAGUUAUGGCUUUUUCAUACAAAUAACCCUCAUCUUCGCAACAAAAGAAAUUGCAGCUAGGAUUCUGAUUGCAAAACCAAAAUGAACCAUUUUGAGUUGUCGAAUGAGCAGCGGGUUCACCGUGUAAGCACCUCAUCUCUUCACAAAAGCUAUGAACACAUAAACAAAAAUCGCUCGUCUCCUCUAUUUAUAUUCUCCAUCCAACACGGCUAACCAAUCAGAGACGAGUAUGAUCAUGACGUAGUUUAAGGGUGUACGUACACCGUGUACGUACACCGUGUACGUACACCAUGUACAUACAUAGAUAUGUACGGGGUGUACGUACACCGUGUACGUACACCCUGUACGUGUACGUACACCUCUAGUAUAAAUACACUUCCCCAUAAUCAUCAACCACACAUCGAAAUGGAAUGCAUAGGAGUUUACCAGCGCCUGAAGAUGUUAUACCACCAGCAAAUAUACCUCUAUUCGGAAUCCUGGCGGAAAAUACCACAGAACCGGGACAGUGCUAUUUCUGUUUUGAACAGAUUGAUGGAAACGAACUACUUGCGAUGACGAUGCAAUGCUGUCAACAAAAAGCUCAUUGUCGAUGCCUCCAGAUGUGGGCGGUACAUUACAACGGAACAGACAUCGAAACCGUACGGUGCGCGUACUGCAGAGCACCAUUCCCGGGCAAGGAACUCUAUUAUCUGUGCCUACAGAACAAAAGCAACGGACAAGAACUGAACAAAACCCGAUGCUGUCAAACAACGAUCCAUAAAAACUGUACGGAAAUACUAAAGGAAAUACUGGCCAAGCUGACAUUCGAAUUUUCGCUAGAAUGUGGUGAAUUAACCUUCUGUGGAUGCAUCUGGCGCAAACUCUAAAAACAUAAUUAUCAAAAUCUCUACUGUAAACUACUAUAAAACCUAAUAAAUUGUUUUCAAAUAUUCAUCGUUGUACGCCAUUCUGAACAUUUCCUUACUUUCGGGUUUCCAUGACGUCAUUGCUUCCGCCGCUCCUGCAUACUAAUUACUUCUGGCGCUCUAUUCGCUCCUGCAUACUAAUUACUUCCGCCGCUAUACGGGACUUCCGCCGCUAUACGGGGGGGGGGAAUACUACUUACGGCCUUUUACGUAUAUACUAAAAUAUCCACUAUGAAUAACAAAUUCAACACAAACUCGACAAUACUCGUCUCCGCUUUUUUGUUAACAGUUUUACUGUAAUAGGUGUACGGUCUAAUGCCAUGUGGCCAUAUAUUAUUCGGUUUAUUUUACUAUAUAAACGACUCGCUAAUUUUAAUUUUUUGUUAUGAAAUUGACACAUUCUGUCGCAAUUUCCAUCGCUCAAAUGUUCGGUUGAACACGCCCAAAUCAUCAUCAGUCAAAAAUAAGUACGUGUCCUAUUGGCUAACGUUUGAUUGACAUGUGACAGUUAAAACAGUAAAAGCCAUAGAAGUGUCGCCCAGCUUGAAUCCUCGUGUAUCCCUCCUUAUUCCUCUUACGAGCGUGGAAGAACCUCUGGCACCCAGGGUUGGUAAAAAGCGUAUAUGCCUUUGAAAGAGCCGAAAAGUAUAUUUUACACCAUAUCCGCGUUUUACCCGAUCGGGUAAAACGCGGAUAUGCCUUUUAAAGAGCCGAAAAGCAUAUUUUACACAAUAUCCGCGUUUUACCCGAUUGGGUAAAACGCGGAUAUGAUGUUUAAAACAUAUUUUAGAGAAAAAUAGGUCAUCCGUCCGUCCGUUCGUCCGUAUCAGCCUUUUACCCUAACCCGGUCAGAAUAAUCAAACUUUAUUUACCCACGGUACUAUUUCACAAAGACAAAAACUAAAAUAUUUACAAGAUGUGAUCUUCCAAUAGGCCAUGCUAUAUAUGUAUGAAUAAUUACAUGCAAUUAUAAAAAUAUUUUAUUAAGUUAAUACAAUUAAUAAAAUCGAAGAGAAAAAGAAAAAAAGAUAAAUUGAUUAUCAAGAAUUAUUACCACUACUUGACACUAGAGCCCUUUUGGAGGUUGACAAUGAACCCAUAUUUUUUAUAUUAGGUAAUAAAUCAUUCCAAGCUACAGCUUCUCUGUACGAGAAUGAUUUUUUACAAAAGUUGGUACUUGGCCUCGGGAGUGCAAAGUUAAAUUCAGCCUGCCUAGUUUGAUGAUUAUGAAGUGUACUGGUUUUCGUGAAUAAAUCAAUUAGGUAAUCGGGCACCAUGUUAUUAUUUACGUGAUACAUAGUAGUACACAAUUGAUUAUUUCUUCUGAGACUUAAAUUAGGUAAAUCUAAUUCUUUAAGUAUAUUGGCUGAUCUAAAUUCGUACCCACGCUUUGCAAUGAUACGUGCUGCUCUAUUUUGUAAACGUUGCAAUUGGUUUUGAAGGGUAAUUCCAAGACAACCCCAUACUUGCGAGCAGUAAUCAAAGUGUGGUUAAUUAAGGUUUUGUAAACUGUUACUAGAGUCCUUACAUCAACAAAAUCUCUUAAUCGUCUAAGGACGUAAAGACCCUUGUUCACUUUCUUUGUAAUUAGAUCUGUUUGAGAAUGCCAGGUUAAGGUCUCAUCUACCAUCAUACCCAGUGAUUUAGUAACAGUUACUCGUUGAAUAGGCGUAUCUCCAAUUUUUAUUUGCAAUUCGGAGUUACACUGUUUAAGUUUUUGAUGUGAUCCAAUAAACAUAUAUUCAGUUUUGCUUUUGUUCAGGCUCAGCUUGUUGGCCGCCAUCCAAACUGAAAUAUUUGUUAGGUCAUCAUUUAACGUUUCAUACAUUACUCUGACAUCCUUAGUUGCCGUUCCUAAUUGAGUAUCAUCAGCAAACAUGUCACAAUCCGCACUUUUUAAGCAAUUUGGCAUGUCAUUUAUGUAAACAAGAAAGAGUAAGGGUGCAAGAAUUGAGCCCUGCGGAAUACCACUAAUUACUGUUCGUGGUUCAGACAGUUUGCCAUUAACUUGACAAUGCUGGGUACGAUUAGACAGAUACGACCUAAACCAGUCAUGCGCCCUUCCUCUUAUAAAUAUAAUUUUUUUAAUAAAAUACCAUGGUCAACGGUAUCAAAUGCCUUUUUUAGAUCUAAAAAGACAACUCCAUUGAUUAACCCUUCAUCCGUAUUUUGAUACCAAUGGUUUGUCAUUUUUAGCAAUGCAGUAACAGUGGAGUGGAGAGGUCUAAAGCCAUGUUAUGCAUUAGUUAGUAUAUUUGCCCGUUGUAAAUAGGAAUAGACCUGGUUAUGUACGAGUUUCUCCAUUGUUUUGGAAAUUACCGAAAUAAAGAUACUGUAUGUGUCGAUAAUUAUUCAUAUUAAAAUUAAGGCCACUUUUGUAAAUUGGGGUGACUCUUGCAUUUUUCCACUCACAUGGAAAUAUGCCGGUGGAUAUAGACCUAUUAAAUAUUGUUGUCAGCGAUUUAGCAAUGUAAGGUGAGGCCAGUUUAAUAAGUUUUGCUGGUAAUCCAUCUAGGCCCGAUGCCUUAGUAGAUGAUAAUGAUGAUGAUAAUAACUGGCAAACUUCCUGUUCAGUUAUUUCGCAGAAAAUAAAUUCCUGCAUUGAUUCACUGAUAUAACUCUAUGGUGGAAUAGAGCAACUUGAGAUGUUUUGGGAAAGAAUGAAACCAAGAUCAGUGAAAUGAUUAUUAAAUGCAUUAGGUAUGCCUGGAAUAUCAACCAUUUCACUAUUCUCGUUACGGAUCUCAGUUAUAUUUUGAGAUUUUUUUUAUUUGUGAAUCAAGUUAUUUAUUUAAUAGUUUUCCACAUGUUCUUAGUAUUUCCUUGAUUAUCCCUAAUCUCAACACUAUAAUGAUGGCGAAUGGACGAUUUAAUAAAUUUAUUAUAAGAAUUUCUAGCUGAUUUUAAGAUUUGCCAAUCAUUUUCAUUUUUAAAUUUCAAGGCCUUUUUCUUUAAUAAGUUCUUAUUUCGCUUACUAUGAAGUACUUGUUUCGUAAUCCAAGGGGUACGCUUCUUACCAACUUUACGGGUUUUAAGUGGUGCAUGUUAUCAACAAUUUCAGUAAAUUUAUUUUUCCAAAUAUACCACAUUCGGUUGGAAUCCGUGUAUGAAUCCAAAUUAUGGUUUUCGGACAAUGCUAUAUCGCGUAGGAAAUUAUCUUCAUUGAAAUUUUUGAAAUCACGGAACUCCAAUUAACGUUGGGAAUGACAAAAUGCCAUAUAUUAAAUAAUGGUCACUAAUCGUUAUUUUGGAGACUCCUGCUAAUAUAAUAUUUUCCUUUUUAUUGGUAUAGAAAUGGUUAAUUAAAGAUACCGAAUUCUUAGUUUCCCUUGUAGGUUCGUCUAUCAAUUGUUUGUAUUGAUAUAAAUUAGUAAUGAAAUUGAGUUCUUUCAUCAUAUGAUCUAGAUUUUUGUGUAAUAGAUCACAAUUUGUGUCACUCAGGAUAAUGCUCUCUUUCUCUUCCGUAUCAAUAAGCCGUAGAAUGUUUUCGCAUUUUGUUAGCAAGUCAAUGGGUGAAUUAGGUGUUCUGUACCAUGUUGAAACUAGAAAAGGUUUGGUUUUUAUAUUUAUGAAUUUCUAUCGUAAGAGCUUCAAUAUUAUGAUGACCCAAGUCAGGUCUUAUCAAAAAGUUAAUUGUAUUUCGUAUGUAGAAAACAACACCCCCACCAGAUCUAUUCCUAUUCAUAAAAACCCAGGUAUAGCCCUCCAGGGAAAUUAAAUCUAGUGGUACAUCAGAAUCUAUUUUAGUUUCAUUGAUUGCUAAAAUAUCUAGUUGUUGUUUAGUCAUGCAUACUCGUAAUUCGUCUAUAUGUUUUAAAAGGCUAUUAAUAUUAAGAUUAGCAAUUUUGAAGCCACGCUCAUUAGGAAGUAGAUUAUCAAACAAACCAAAAUCAUAUUCGGAGUUUGAUUGUAUAUGAGGCGAAUUUAACGUUGUAUCUGAGUUUGGGGUAGGGUUCUGAAUCAGUCAAUUUGUUUCAGAGGUCCUGAUACAGUGUUUAAAGUUUUGGGCAAGUACAGCAGUACCUCUCCUAUUUAGGUUCAACCCUCCUUGAUUUAAGUGACUCUUAUUAAUAUUCGAGUGUUUAACAAAUUCCCAUGAUUGUAAAUAACAUGUCGAUUCGACUAAUGAAUUUACUUGUUGUACCUUCUGAUCAUUGUCUUCACAGUCGGAUCUCGUUAUAAUUUCUGAUAUACUGAGCUUGAGACCAGGGGCUUGCUCAGUCGCGGCUUUCCCCAAUUCUGAAAUAUUUUGAGCAAUCUCUUCAGGCGAUUUCCCAGAGAGGUCGUUAGUUCCCACAUGAAGAAUAAGAUGGCUAGGCUUAGCUUUUAAUGUAAGUUGUAGGUAAGUACUUCAUAUCUUCUAUUUUAGCUCCCGCAAAAGUUCUGAAUAUUACUCAACUCUUAAGAGGGCCUCUCAGUAAAAUCCACCCACUGGUUUUGGGAAGGAAAAAUAGAUUUAGCUCAUAUUUUGCAUAUGAACUAGACUUCGGUCAAUAGUAAUCGGGCUUCUUUCAGAACGUUUCAACUUUCUGUUUUAUAGGAGUUUUAGCCCAUGUUGAAAUUUGACCUUGCGAGAGUAUUUUCAGACCGGAAACGAAGGGGAAUUUUACAAUAAUUCAUCUGAUUUUUUAAAAACUUUGUGAUGCGUUAUCCCUUCCAGUUACUGUUCACAUGAAAGGUUAAUACUAAUACUCUCGUUUUCAUGGAGAUUGAACAACUUUAUUUGCUUAAUACGAUUUUUUUUAUAGUUUUACGAAACUACGUUUUCAAGAUGGCGACGAGAGGCUGAAAAUUGCUCAUAUUUUACUUAAAAUAGCUCAAAAGUGGCACCUAUCUGAAGUUUAAAAGGCAUGUAAUUUGAAAGUAUACCUACUAAAGUUAAGUAAUCAGGAAUAAAACUCGUCUGCAAACAAUUUUCUGAAAAGUUAUAAAUCUCCAAAUUGGGUCUAUUUUUAGCUGUUUGUUUACAUUCGCGUGUUCGCUGUGAUCAGCGACACUAAUAAUUAUAAAGAGUUAAGAAUUUAAAAUAAGCUGAUUUAUUAUCCAGUAAACUUUCUUAGCUUGUUCACAGGAUUAAAUACAAUUUUGUGAAAAUAUAAUUACAGUAUAUGCAAGCAAUCGUGUACAUAACAUUGCCGAAUUCGAAUUGCUUUUAUCCAUCUACACUUAACUUACACUUGCACUAAUUACACUUACGCAUACUGUAGUACAGUUACAGCGAUUCUACUGGUGUCUACGACCCUGAUAUCUUCUAAAGUUAUUAAAUAUAUAUUGGUAAUUUAAUAACUGAUUAUUACCUUGAUCUGCCGCUCCUACGGCGGGAGGUGCAUGUCUGCCGAACGACCAAUGUGAGUAGAAAACUUACAUAAGUGUCUCUGUGCGAUGUUUAGGUCAUGAAAUAGUGCUUCAGGCAAUGUGUUUUAAUGCACUUUGCAGUAACUCCCCUGAGUUUGACGAAAUUGCUACCUAUCUGAAGUUCAAAAGGCAUGUAAUUGGAAAGUAUACCUACUAAAGUUAAGUAAUCAGGAAUAAAACUCGUCUGCAAGCAAUUUUCUGAAAAGUUAUAAAUCUCGAAAUUGGGUCUAUUUUUAGCUGUUUGUUUACAUUCGCGUGUUCGCUGUGAUCAGCGACACAAUAGUAAUAAUUAAAAAGUUAAAUAAGCUGGUUUAUUAUCCAGGUUCUAAUUCACAACAUAGAAACAUUCAAAAUACAACUUUAACCAUUCUUACGUAUUCGAAUGAAUAAUUUCACACCUGUUAAAUAUCUUUUUAAAGUAUAAACGGGCGGUACUUUCUGUGGUUGUGGCAAUUAAUUUCAAAGCUCUCAGUACAAACCAAAAAAGCGGAAGUGGAAAGCUCUAGUAUUUUGACUGUUCUACUGUAAUUUGAGUGGGAAAGUUCUAGUACUUUGACUGUAAUUUUCACAAGUAGAACUGCAACACCAGCUUGGCAGUUAUUUUUGAUAGCAGCUCCUAUUUUUACUUUGUGCAUGCUUGAGUCAUGGAAAAGAACUGUUCUUUUGCUGGCCUGGGAAAUUUUGCAUGUGGAGAAAGCCGGGGAAUACAGAAAGUUGUCCAAAUUGGCGAGUGUAAUGAAGAUAUUUGUAAUCACCUCAGAAGUUGUCACCUCACGAGGCUUAAUACCAUCAACGAGAGUGAACUUAUACUUGCCAGGGCAGGGCACUUUCAUCCUACCCAGGAACAGCUGACAAACAUGCACGUUUGUCCUCAACACAGGGAUAAACUGGGAAGGUUCUUCAGACCUCUUCGUUCUUGCCAAUAUCCACUACACAACGGUCCUGUUCGAAAAUGCCACGGACGAGACGUGAUCAAUAUGAAGUUUUCUGAAGAGUGCUUAAAGCUAUACGGGUCAUUAGUCCAAAUUGGAUCCCGUAAGUACCUUCUAGUAAGAGUCUGCCUUUUGUUAGUGAUAAAUGACGAACUGUUCGAUUAAAAUCCCUGUAUCGCAUACCCACCGGCACUUGCAGACUCAUUAGCAUGUGAACAAACUAUAUUCGUGAAAAUCAGCAAAUGAACGCCACUGUCAUGCGCGCUAAUGCCUGUUUAUUUUCCUAUGAUUUAUUGCAUGGGGGAACUCGUGCAAUGGAUGCUUCUGGGAAGUGGGGGGGGGGGUCGCCAAAAGUCAGUGUUUGGGGGGGGGUCCCCAAAGGCUAGUGUUUGGAUGUGGUCGCCAAAGGUUAGGGGGGGUUGCCAAUAGUUACGGGGUCGCCAAAGGUUAGUGUUUGGAGGGGGAUGGGGGGGGGGUCGCCAAAGAUUAGCUAGGAGGUUGCAAAAAGUUAGGGGGCUUGCCAAAGGUUAGGGGGUUAUGAGGUUACGGUUAGGUGAGUGAUUGGUAACCAAUACUUAAUGUUAAGCAGGUACAGCAGAUUUUUUAUUAACACUUACAUACGUGUAAUGAGAGAUAAUAAAAACCUGUUUAUAUACGUGUAAUGAGGUCCUAACAAGAGGGUCUUAAUGGGAGUCUUUGGGUGUCAGUUGUCAGCUAAAAUUUAAGCCAGUUGUCAGUUGUCAGUGCGAUAUAUUGCAAGCUGUUAGUAGUUACUGCAAAAAGGCUGACUCGUCAUUUUUUCAUCAUUUCUCAGUUGUCAGUUAGGAUAUUUUGUCAGUUGUCAGUCAAAAAUUCAGGCAAAUGGCAGUAGUCAGUUAACCCCAUUCAGACCCUCUAACAACCUGGCAGGCGAAUCAAGCUUAAGGCUUAUGUGCAGUACAAAUACAAUAUUCUCAUAUUUCUAUCCCAGCAGUUGCCUGCUCAAUAACAUGAUUUUAUAUAGUAUAUUGUAAUGAUAUUUGACAUUUUCAAUCUGCUAGCAAUAUGUACACAGUGCAUCAAGUUUCACAAAGAUAAGAUGGACAACGAAGCAAAAUGGGUGAAACCCGCGGAGCUAGUACACGAGCGCACAAGACGUACAAAGGAAGCUGAAGAAAAACAACAAGACUCAUGCUCCGUUGAUACAGCAGCAAAGUGAGCAAUUAGCCUUUAUAUUAUUUAAUUUAAUGUCUCAUAUCAAUGCCUUGAUUUGCAAUUAUCGUGCAAUUAUCAUUGAGUAGUAUGGUUAUGUAUACCCGCAGGUUCACAGAUGAUUCACCUGAGGAAAGUUUUACCACAACCAAUUCUUCGCCACUGGAAACAAAAAGCUCCAUGUCGUUCUGGACACCCGGCUGUUAUACUGGUUAUAGCAGUUCAGAGGAUGAAGAUGACAGGUCGUCCGACCUGAUAACAGCAUACAACAAGACAAUGGAAUCUUUAUCCGAGGCAGCUUGUGAGCAUAGACCAUCGAUACUAACCUACCAGCUGAAGGACUGGGACUCUGCUUCAAUCAAAGAGAAGACGGAAUGUCAGGAAAAGGCAUCGGAAGCUUGUAGUUUAUUAUGCAAAGUUAUCGCUCCUAACGAUGGAGAAAGACUUUUUCAAUCUUUAUACGAACAAAAACCGACUGCAUCAAAUGAACUAGUAAUUUUAAUGAAAGCAUUUGCUAAAGCACCUACAAGAAGUUUAAAAACACAAAUACUUAGUUUAUAUGCCUAUGAGUAUCCGGUUAAAACUUUACAAGAACUGCACGAGCCUUAUGCAAGACUGACCCAGUGGCAGAUACGGAGAGCUCGUGCUCAUGCAAAAAUAGUCGGUCCCGGACAUAAUGUGACUAAGCCAGUCCGUCAUAGAAUAAGCUUAGACAUGAAGAAAGUUGAUCAUUUUGUCAGAUCAAAGUUGAUCAUUAAGACCAGAUCAACAAUGAUACCUCAAUAUCUACAGUAUUGUCGAGAUGAGGGUUGUCUUGAACCGCUCAGUACAGCAACACUGUAUCGCAUUUUGGAAGUCAGGGAAGCCUCUCAGAGAAAGUCGUUGCAGGGUUUAGAUAACACUGCUGCCGAAGGAUCGAGUUCUUUUCAGACUCUACGAACAAUUACAGAACAUCUUGCGCAUGCUGGCGCUGGUAAAACCUGGUCAAUUGCAGUAAACAAGCGACUUGAUGCGGCUAAACAAUAUUUGAAAACAAACUACAAAGUGAACUGUGGUGUUGGUCAUAGCCUGGUUGCUGAUCACUGCAAAUUAUAUGCUUUGAGUGAUCCGACAGAUACUGAUUUUCAAGCAUUAUGUGAUCACCAGCAUCCCUCUUCAUGCAGCAGCUGUGAGGAUCUGAAGGCAGUUCUUCGGGAGAUAGAGAAUGUUCUUCAGAACACUGGAAAUCAACUGUCAGAGGAGGAACGGGGAGAUCUUUUACGCGAUCUCAACGAGGCUAAAACAAAUAUCUUUAAAUGGAAGGCACACAUUCUUCGAUCUGUAAAUCAGGAAAAGGCAAAGCAUGAUGUCAUAGAAAUCCUUGAUGAGUCAUCGGCGUUGCUAGUAAUGGAUUGGGCUAUGAAAUUCACCCAGGUUAAAUUUCGAGAGAAACAGUCCGAGUGGUAUGGAAAGCGAGGCAUUAGUUGGCAUGUAAGUAGCACAGUCUCGAAAGACACUGAAAAGAAGACAAUUCUGUGACUUCAUAUGUCCACUUGAUCAACUCAUGUUCUCAAGAUUGGUUUUCAGUUUUAUCAAUUGUGGAAGAUCUAUUUUCUAACAUCAAAGCGGACAAUCCUCGUAUUCAACAUGUUUACUUGCGCUCAGACGAAGCAGGAUGUUAUCAUAACAAUCUCCUUAUAGCUGCUUUAAAGGAUGUGGGCGACCGCGUCGGUGUUUCUGUUAAACAGUAUGAUUUUUCAGAACCACAACAAGGCAAGGAUAUCUGCGAUAGAAUCAUUUGUCCUCUGAAAUCCUCAAUUCGUAAGUAUUGCAACGAAGGCAAUGACAUUCUCAGGGCUGAAGACAUGUAUGCGGCUUUGGAUAAAUAUCCCGUUAGAGGCACAACUUGUUCAGUUUCUCGAAUUAAUGAUUCUGUCACACAACUUGAAGUUCGCAAACUAUCAAAUUUCAGUUCGUUUCACAAUUUCAAAUACGACCAGGAUGGUAUUACUGCCCGGAAAGCUUAUGGGAUUGGGAAAGGGAAGAAGUUUUUUGACAAAGAAAUUUUCAAAAAACGGCAGAGUGCAACACAGCUACACACUGACAAAAGCUUCACUGAAAUAAGGGAGCUGCGAAAGUCUAAAUCAACCUGUGAGGUCAAAACACCAGAGGAAGAAGAUGGUUUAUACUUUUGUCCAGAACCGAACUGUAAUUACACUUUUACCUCUAUUCGAGACCUUGAGCAUCAUAUGGAUGUGGGUGCGCACAGCAGGUUUGUAGAAAAUGAAACCAUAUACGAUACUUUAAGACGGGAAUGGGCAAGUAAGUACACAACUAUCUCCACCAGCGCCAGUCAGUCUAGUGUCCCAACUCAGUCAGACAUGCCGUCUACACAAGAUCAAACACAGUUACCAAUGGGUUGGGCCUUGAGCAAGACGCGCGUGGGAUCUGCAAGGUUUCCACAAAAGGUGCGCCACUAUCUUAUCAAGAAGUUUGAACUGGGCGAACUUACAGGAAACAAAGCUGAUCCAUCCGAGGUGGCGCGCGAGAUGAGAAUAACAAGAACCGAGUCAGGAAAUCGAAUGUUUUCAAGAAAUGAAUGGCUGACCAAAACCCAGAUUAAGGGAUUUUUUUCAAGACUUGCUAAAUUAAGAAGAAAGGGGAUUGUUGUGUCUGACGUGGUUGAGGUGUUCGAUUGCGAACGAGAUGAUGAUGACGACGACGAAGAAGAAAAGGAAUCAAGAGAGGAGUUGAUCGAGGAAAUUUUUAGCAAACUACACACUAAACACCCGGUCAUUUUUGAGUCCUAUGACUUGUGUGAACUCCAUUCUGAAGGAAAAUUGGCAGUUUUCAAAGUGACCAUGCUGAAAGACAAAUGCAAGUACUUUGAACUUAAAUUUACAUCUAAAGACAAGAAAGCGGAUCUUAUAACAGUUAUUUCUUCCUUUAUUGAACAGUGUUCGUGUACGCAAUAAUUGGAUUAAGAUUCUUCACUCCUUCCAUUAG